AUGGCAGCCUACCAUUGGAUUGAACCACAAGCCGUGCACGAUGCAGCUGCGUUGCGUAGGGGUCCCAGAGCGCUCACUCCUCCUUUCAUUUUGCCCACCAUUGGUCUGUCCUGGGUAGACGGCACCGCUCUUCAGGAGUCUUACCAAAACGGAGUGGCCGAUACACUUUCCCCUGAUGCAAGCGGAGUCUGGCACACUAUCGGUACUCAUCUUGCCCGUCAUGUCUAUGCCGUCAAGGAUCUUGGGGAGAUGGAUGCCCGGGAGAAUUCAGUUGAGCCGGUCAACUCUGCUGAAGUGAAGUUUUCUGAAGAUGCCAUGCGCCUAGAUUCCAGAGAGACACCAGACUCCGAGGAGUACCUGUACAUGCGACCUGCCCAUCCGCCAACGACCAGCUGA